AUGUUGGACGACGAAGACGCACACGAUUUUGGCGCAUGGUAUGAAACCCGGCGUCGAGACGGGUCACAAGGAAGCUCGUGGUCACUCAUGAGCUUCUUGGGUGGUGGCAAACGGAGUCGUGACGCCAGCAUCACUGGUCAUUCCACGACUAGCUCCACUCCAUGGCGAGAGAAAACCGAUCCGUUCUCAGACGGAACGCCCAUUGCCAACGAUGAAGAAACAGGAUAUGCAGCCGUACGGCCACGUGCGAGACGGGAGGCCAGCCAUAUCAGCACUCGAAGCGCCCUCAGUUAUGCGAGCUACACCGAUCCAUUCACCGACCCUAUCAAGGAGGACCAACAUGAGGCUUCAGAUACGUCUUAUCAAGGGGACAACCCAGUACGCCUUGUUACUCCACGAGCGCCUCCGUUGGCAUUGCGGACAAAUUUUCCGUUGGAACAUGUCGGUCACCCUCUCAGCCCAUUGUCAGAGCGAACAUCGCGAAGCACUUUGCCGGCACCCGAGAGCGGUGCCUCUUCCAGUGACAAUGUCAGCAGAUUCUCCGCAACGGGGUCCCUUGCGACAUCGAACACAUCUCAUGUCGAGCCACCACGAUCACCAACGCUACUAUCCAAUUUAUUGCCGUCCACGACAGAACGACCAGUCCAUCGCAGCGAUUCAUGGUGGUCCCGUCUCGGGCGUCGCAAGAGUGAUGCAUCUGGAAGAUCAGUGGCUUAUCCUUCGCUGCGCGACCCCAAUCCUCCUCCAAGGCUAGUGACGAUUGACGAAAGCGUCCACUCCCGCUCCCCCGACAAGGAUUCACCACAGUCCAAACGCUCUAGUCCAAGUAUUCCAACUCCUUCCGGCUCUUCUCAGCAACAGCAGCAGCGGGAGGAGCACAGUCAGCCCUACGCAGGAAGGCACGGUAAAUCUAUGUCAUCCCUCCGCACAGCGGAUUCGGAAGCCAUCGAGCGCAUAGGUGGCACCAUGGAAGUAGUCCAGCGAGUUAAGAGCUUCAGGAGCCGUCGUGGACGUGGAAGCACAGAAUCGACCGCAGAAUCUAGUAUUCAUACCGACCUCUCUGUGGAACGGGAGCACGAGGAGUUUGCGACGUACGCCUCACCGACGGAGAUGGAUCCCCACGAAUCUAUUAUCGCGUUUGCCCCGACGACAACUGUAACACCUCCUGUGGCACUCUACACGAACCCUGCCUCUGGGAGUUCAGCAGCUUCUCGCCCACUGCCCGUUUCUCCUAGCGGGGAUGUCGCUGCCAAGAUCCAGGCAUACGAACGACAGCAAUCCCAGGGCGCCGAUGAGGGGAAACACAGAAAGGGGAAACGGCACAUGGUGGACUAUGGGCUAGUUCCUCGGAGGAGCCUGUUCGUCGCCAAUCCAGAUAAUAGAGUCAGCCAAAGCUCGAUUGAAUCGUCAUAA